AUGCAGCAGCACCUUCACACUCAGCGCACACCAGGGGCCCCCCUACCGUCGCAGCCUACAGGGGAGCCUCCGCCUCCUGAGGGCCCCGUCCUUACAUCUUGUCUCCGCGACGCCAUUCUACAGGUCCUUAUGGGGCCUCAAGGUCACCAGCUGCUCUCAGGGGCCUCCUUGGGGCCUCCUGUGGGGGCCUGCCCCGCUGCAGGGGCCCCCGUCGGGGCCCCUGUUGACGCAACUGCAACUAUAGGGCCCCCCACAGGGACCCUUAACCCCCCCCAUGAAGCCGCUCACUGCUCUGCAGCAGGGGUACCUCUUGGAACUUGUGCUGGGGGCCCCAUGGGAACCCCGUCGCGGGGUGUUGGGGGCCCCUGCUCGGGAUCUGUAGAAGUGCAGGACCAAGGAACUACGGAUGGAACAAAAGCUGUUAGAGGAAAGAGAAUCAUCAAGAAGACUUGA